UGCCUCCCGCUCGACAAGCACACACACAGAAGGCAACGGCGACACGAACUGUCCGUGCGCGUGGCCCCCUUCAAACUAUGCCCAGUCACAACAAGGUGGCGCCUCGACAGGAAGGCGGUGCAGAAUCUGUGAGUAGCCGUGACUCUAGGGACCGCAGGCCGACGACAGGGAGCAGAGCAUCGCGAACGUCGCAGGGCGCACCCUCGGUCGUGGACACCAUCUCACCGCUGUCGUCGCAGCCAUCGAUGCCGCCACUGAGGCUGUCGUCGACCUCGCUCACAGCUCGUAACGCCGCCGGAGGCGAAGGCGAUGCCUCGCCGCGCUCUCCCAUCGCCAUCUCGGUUACCCGGACCGGCUCGUCGCGGUCGAGCUCGAGCUCGUCAACCGCGUCCGAUUCGGUCUCGCCAGACUCGUCGUCGAGCUCCUCGCUGUUGAGCUCGUCGUCGAGCUCGUCACUGCUCUCGUCCAUUGGCACCUCGUCGUCGAGCUCGAGUGCCAAGCCGCCACGUGGAGAGGCAGUCCCUGCGCCGGACAUCGCUUCGGCGUCGGCAGCAGCGUCCACCGGCAAUGACUCGGUGGCGUCGGUCCUCUCAACAUACCGACUCCCGGCCAAGGCUUCACCGCCGCGUUCGCGAUCGCAGUCACGGUCGCGGUCGCAGUCGCGCCGUCGCGGUGGGCGGUCGAUUGUGGAGAGCCAUCCCACCAUUGUCGAGGGAGUUGCGUUGGACGACGUCGAGUCGAAUCCGGCGUCGGUCAUGUCGAGCGCCGGUUUGCUCUUGCCGCCGCCCAUGACGGUGACUGGACCGUCAGCAGCAGCAUCGCCGCGGAUGGCAGAGAACCAAGUCUCACCUGAAGCAUCGGCUGCCAAGCUCGCCAUCGAGUCUGUUCUGCGUCACAAAUCUGAGCUGAAGCGACUUCCGACUGCCACCGACGGCAUGUUGGCCAAGAGCGAGUCGGUCGAGGGCAUUGAGCCGUCGUCGGCUCUGGAGAUGCCCGAGGCCUCCAGCGCGGCGGGGUCAUGCCUCGACUCGGACGACGAGCAGUCGUCAAUCGACGGGCAGGACACCGGUUGGCAGUCCAAAUCCAAGUGGGUCCUUCAUCCGAAUCAGACGGCACGGCGGGCUUUUGACUUUGUAAUCAUUUGUUCGCUCGUCUACUCUGCACUCAUGAUUCCGUUCCGGGUCUCGUUUGACUCGCAGGCGACGGGCGUAGUGCUCUGGUUUGAGUACGCCAUGGACGCAAUGUUUGUCCUCGACCUUAUUCUUGCCUUUCGUACCGCUGUCCAGGUCAAAGGCGAGUGGGUGACUGAGCCGCAUGAGAUUGCCAAGGUCCAGCUCAAGGGCCCGUUCUGGAUCAAUCUCCUGGCCGUCUUCCCCUUUGACCACGUUGUCCGCCUCAUCUGGCCCGGAACCGACCGCAAUGUGGCGCGGCUACCCAAGAUUCUCCGGCUGUUGCGGAUGCACCGACUUUUGCGGCUCAUCCAGUAUGUGCGGUCGACGCGCAAGUUCCGCAAGUGGAAGGCCUCGGCCAACGGAUCGCUGCUGCGCAUUCUCUUUGUCACUACCUUUGUCCUUCUUUACUGCCACUUUAUUGCCUGCGGCUUCUUCCUCAUCUCGUCGUUGCAGGAAGGGUGGCGGCACACGUGGGUGGAGGAGAUCGGCAUCGACGAGGGCCCAGUGGCGGCCAAGUACAUCACCUCGUUCUACUGGGCGACGCUCACAGUCUCCACCGUCGGCUACGGCGACAUUGUGCCGCAGAAUCUGCUGGAGCGAGCCUACGCCCUAGUUGUGCUCACACUCUCGCUCUGCGUCUUUUCGUACGUCAUCGGCUCGAUCACGUACCUGGUCAUCCGCAUCUCGCGCGACGCGGCGCAAGAGCGAAUGGAUGAGGUCAACAAGUACCUCGCGUACUGGGGCUUCCCCAAUGACAUCCGCAUUGCUAUCCGCGAGCACUUUGUGUUCUCAUGGACGCGCCAAAAGGCGGCGUCCGACGGAAAACAGCUGAUGGAUGAGUUGUCGAGCGCGCUGCGGGCACAGGUUGCCACCUUUCUCUCGCAAGAGAUCCUCAAGAACAACCCGGUGUUCAAGGGCACCUCGCCCGAGUUUGUCACCGACAUCAUUCUGCGGCUCAAGCCGCAGUUUGCCGACGAGGGCGAUUACAUCAUCACCGAAGGCGACAUUGGCGAGGAGAUGUACAUUCUCUCCAAGGGCCGCGUCGAGGUGUGCAACAAGGAGCAGGACAUUGUGUACGUCACGCUGUACGAGGGCCAGUACUUUGGCGAGAUUGCGCUCAUGUCUGAGGAUGCGCGCCGCUCGGCGUCGGUCCGGGCCGCCACCUUUUGCGAGCUCGACGUGCUCUCCAAGCGCGACUUUGUCGACGUGCUUGCCCUCCACGGCCUCACCAUCUUUGACCUCGACAUCAUGAAAACGGCCGAGGAGCGCAUGCGCGAGCUCAACGCCAUGAACUCGGGCGCCUCGCAGGUUUUUUCCCCUGCCGGCGCGGCUGCCGGCGCCGUCGAGACUGCUGGUACCAGCGCACACACGCUCGCACCCGGCUCCCACCAUCAGGGCAUGUCGUCGGCUGGCGGGUCGACAGGCUCGAUUUUCGACGCCUACCGCCGCUCGCAUUCGCACUCGGUCAUGUCGUCAGGCUCGGGCGACGGUGAGGCGUCAGGCUCCGACUCGGACUCGUCGGUCACCUCAACGUCGUCGUCGUUUGAUAUUCGCGCAGCCAUUUCGGCAGCGGCGCUCGCCAGCAAGCUCCAGAACGAAACAACCAGCGGGCGCCGGUUGCGGCGACCGCUCGAGUCGCGCCCACACAGGGCGAGCAAGCUAACCUCGUCCGAAGCCUCGCCGACGCCGGUCACCAACGAGUCCGGCCAUUUGGUGCUCGCCUCGAGCUCGCCAGGCCAAACGUCGGCCGGCUCAGGCGUCGGCGUGGCCAGCAGCGGCAACACGCCGCUGUCACGCGGCCGAAAGGAUUCAAUCCGCGGCACGGCCCUGGAGCACAAGCUGCGCCACGGCUCGUCCAAGUUUCUCAGCUCGAUCGACCCGGCCAAGCUUGUUGUCGCCGAAGUGCCACGUGUGGCGGAGCCUGCUGCGUCCGAUGACGGAUCGGCUGUCGGCUCGCGCGGCGGGCGAUCGCGGAGCGUGUCUCGUGCGAGCUCGCGGGUGGGCUCGCGGGUGGGCUCACGCGCACCUUCGCGGUCGUCGUCGCCACCAAGCGUCUCACCACCACCACAGCGCGGUGUGCCUUUGCGCACCAUGCCCUCUCGCCGGUGCUCGGUCUCGGCGGUUGACUUUGGCGAGGAGCAGCGGGUGUCGGAUCGUGAGCUCCGGCGUGAGUCUGUAUGCAAUCGGUCCGCCGGUGCACUGGACAAUGAUGCGCAGUCUGGCAGCGAGCAAGUGCCGUCGCGGGCAGGCUCGCGGGUGGCGACGCGGCAACGGGUCCGCUCACGAUCCACCCAGCAAAAGGACCUCAUGGCGCAGGCCGCCGCCGCUGCUAUCGAGUCGCUCAACCUGGUCAUCGGGCGGCAGCGGCACGAAAUCAAAAGCCUCAAGCGGCAGCUGAAGGGCCAGGCGCGCGAGCACAAGAAAGCGUUGGCCAAGAUGCGGUCGCGCAACGGACGGCUUGUCAGUGUCAUCGAGUCGUUCUCCAAAUUUGCGGGCAGCUCGGCGGCGAGUGACAUGCGAGUCUUCCGCAAGGACGCGCAUGGACGGAUGGCGCCGGCAGUAAUGGCGCCUAACAACGGCGCUGGCAUGUGGGAGACGUCGGCACCACCCACCACGGACACGCAAGCGCUGUUUACGUCUGCCUUGCAACAAAAUAUCCUGUUGGCGAUGACGCAGGGCCCGGAUGGCUUGGCCAACAUGUUGGCCCACUCUCAGGACGGGUCGCUCACCGGUGACUUGCAUUCGAGAUCGCCAAGGGUUACAACGCCGCACAGGCUGUCGCCGCAGGUGACUCCGCGAGGCGUCGGUGGCUCGUCCUACACCCACCGCACGCCACGGACAACCGGGCAGCGCGGCUCGAUCUCGUACACGCCUCGCCGAUUGUCGGUCUCGGGCGAAGGCACGCUUGUGCCGACGGAUCACCCGGUCAUGCACGCCAGCAACAACCUGGACGGCACCACUCUGCUCGGUGCAGUCCUUGAGGAUCCGACGGAGACCAAGCGGCGGCGCUCGCUGGCGUCUGUCGAGAACACGCCGCGGCGCAAGUCGUCGAUUUCAGGCACGCCCAAGUCAACGGCGCGAUCGAGGGCUGGAACGCCAAGCACCCACCGGCAGCGGACGGGGUCAACAACGGGCGCCAGGCGAUCGUCGAGUAGGACGUCGGCAGAGCCGCUGGUCCGCCGCCGGCGAUCGUCUCUGGCGUCGGUCGAGCUUGCGCAGCAGGCGCUCAUGGCUGCUUCAUCGGGCUCGACGCUCGCUCCAAUUCCGUCACCCGGUCGGUCGCCGGGCACCACGCCUGGGCGAACCACAGGCAACAGCUCCGGCCGCUCCAGCGGCCUCUCGCGCAAGAGCUCGGGCAGCCAGUUCCGCGCCUCGGUCUCGGGUGCGUCACCAGUGGCCUCGGUCUCGAUGGGCUCGGUCGAUUCCGACAGCGGGCGACGGCGGAGUGCCGUGGGCAUCAUUGAGACGUAAAGGUGUAGCCAGAAUGCGA